AUGGAGACGACGGUGUUUGCCUGCUCGUCGGGGCGGCUCCGACUGCCUUUUUCGAGGUGUGAGGCGAGAGACGAGAGGGUCGAUCCCGACGCCCUGCGUUUGUUUCUGGAACACGCUCGCCAGGAGGCGGCAGAACGACACCAACGCCGCGUGUCGCAGGUGGAGUCCCAGUACCUGCGGCAUCUGCAGAGGUGCUCCACGCUGCCGGGUGCAUCGAUGUCACGACUGCAGGGGGAGAAGGGCGAUGCCGCGCCGGUGGAUGAUGGAGAAAUUAUUGAGAUUGAACUGGAGGAGAGUGACGAAAACAACGAUGACGCAGAAGACAGGAAAAACGACGAGGAAAGCAAAAGUUGGGCCUCAUGUGGAUUCACUUCCAACUUUUUCACUGCCACCACGACAGAUUUUACCCGCGCAUUGGGAAAGACGAGUGCGACGCAGCAUUUAUCACCAGCCCCAUCCACACCGCAGAGCCAAUCCAACUCCCAGGGCAUUUCACCGGAGGUGUACACACCGUUGAUUUCAACACCAGAAGAAGUCUCCAGCACUAAUGCUACGUCUGCUGCCAAAGUGAGCAGUUUGAUGAGGCAUGACGGCGCGAACGACACGGAUGCAGAGGUGUGGCGUGCCAAUGCAGCACCGAAUUCAGCCGCAAUGUUCCCUAACUACGGACGGGGACCAGAAGAUUAUUUCGGUGGCAUGUCAGUUCAAAAACUUUGCGCUGAGAACGUUGCAGCACAACAAGCGCGCUCUUUGCAUACCGUUGACGAAUGUGGUGAUCAGCAUGAUGCAACGCGUUGCCUGAUGCAUGCCUUUGGGAGACACCUUGACGUUGAAUUCCAACAAGUAGAACAUGAUGCUCCAUGCUCACCGCCUGCAGGAGUGUCGUUGGAACCAGAAUUAGAAGAGUUCCUUGCGUGGCAGGCGGCAAAGCCACUGAGACGCCGCGAAAGACUGCAGGGGGCCUUGAAUUGCGGAUCACAUCUGGCCAAGGUGUACGCGGCGGUUUAUCCAGAGUUACUUUCUUCGGCGUUGUUUGACGCUCCUGGUAAAAAAUUGGCUGAGCCGCUUACGCCGGAAAGUCCUGCUUCACGAUACAUCCAAUGGAUUGCUAGCGAUGUAGACUGCUACGAGGAUCUCCUUUUGCAUUUGACGUCGGCCAGUAAAGAGGUAGAGCAGACUUUGUUGGAAGGAGUAUGCGAGGCGGCACUGAAUGCCUACAUUACUGAGUGCGUGGUGGACCGUAUUCUUCACAACUGCAAAUGA